AUGAGUCUCUUGUAUGGUGUCGGCGGUGCGACCGCCGCUCUGACCGUCGUAGGACUGUAUAUGCUCUUCAACAACGAAGGCGAGGCAUUCAACGUUGGACAAUUCCUCGAAAGCGUAUCACCAUAUGCGUGGGCAGAUAUAGGCAUCGGCCUCUGUAUAGGGCUAUCCGUGGUGGGAGCAGCAUGGGGUAUCUUCAUCACGGGCACAUCCAUUCUCGGCGGCGGCGUCAAAGCUCCUAGGAUCCGGACGAAGAACCUCAUCUCGAUCAUCUUCUGCGAAGUCGUCGCAAUCUACGGCGUCAUCAUGGCCAUCGUGUUCUCGUCGAAGCUGCAGGUGGUCACCGGCGACGCGCUGUACUCGGGCGCGAACUACUAUACAGGCUACGCGCUCUUCUGGGCUGGACUGACCGUGGGCAUGUGCAAUCUGAUAUGCGGUGUAUCUGUGGGUAUCAACGGCAGCAGUGCUGCUCUAGCGGAUGCAGCAGAUCCGAGCUUGUUUGUCAAAAUCCUGGUCAUAGAAAUCUUCAGCUCCGUGCUCGGGCUCUUCGGCCUGAUCAUUGGACUGUUGGUCUCAAGCAAGGCGCCGGACUUCUCAUGA